AAGCAAAUGUCAGGUCAAGCAAGAGUUAAAUGUACGAAAGAGAAACAAAUCUUAAUUUUUUUUAAAGAUACGAAUGGGAUACUUGAGUUGAGAAAUUAAGUUAUUUAACAACCUUGCCUUGCACUUUUAGCUAAGUUUACUUACCAUUCAUUUUCAUGGAUGUGAAAAUGUUUUAAAUACCGGACGAAUAAUGGAUCACAAAAAUGGUGACGGUUCACAGUUGCCGAGCAACAAUACGGUGUCGGAUUAUGAUCUGCAAUUGCCGGCAUGGAGCUUAGAGUGCCUAAAGGCGGCGGCCGUUCAACAUAAGCUCCAGCGGCCAAGGAGCCUGGCGUGGGCCAUACUGCUGAAUGCCCUGCCACCGCCAAAUGCUGAUAUUACUGGCAGCCUGAAAACUCAUAGGAAUUUCUACAAUGACAUAAAGUCCAAGCUGUCGAUGGACCCUCGGAACGUCAUCGGGGACGACCCUCUAUCGCAGAAUGAUGAGAGCGCAUGGAACCAGCAUUUCUGUGACAACGAACUGAAGGCGUUGAUAUUACAAGACGUGGUCAGGACGUUUCCUGACGAGCUCUACUUUAGAGAUAAAGACGUUCAAGACAUGAUGGUGCAAGUAUUAUUUUUCUGGGCGCGCUCACACGCCUACGUGGGCUACCGGCAGGGCAUGCAUGAGGUGCUGGCUCCGCUGUUGCUGGAACUGCAUAAAGACAGGACACACGCACCGAGAGACCUUACUAAUACAUUAAGAUACAUCCUGGAAGAAGAAUAUUUGGAGCAUGACAGCUACAUGAUGUUCAGCGCGGUAAUGAAAGGUCUGGAGAAGUUCUACACGACGGGGGACGUGGUGCCUUCGUCCUGCGGUCGUCUGCCUGUCUCUAAAGUCGUCCAUAACCCGAACGAAGUAGUAAGAUAUCUGGACAAGGUGCGAGAAGAAUGUUUAAUGCCGCUGGACAACGAAUUAGCCACGCAUUUAGCUCAGUGUAAUAUUUCUAUGGAGUUGUUUGGAAUCCGAUGGCUACGGCUGCUCUUCGGGCGCGAGUUCCCGCGCGCGGAGCUCCCGCAGCUGUGGGGCUUCCUGUUCGCGGACGGGCCCAUGCUGCCCAACAUACACUACGUCGUCGUCGCCAAUCUGAUAGCUAUGAAGGCCACACUAAUGGACGCGGACUCGGGCGUGGUGCUAUCCGCGUUGAUGCGGCCGCCGCGGUUAUCGGCGACACACGCGUGCGCGCUCGCGCUGCACCUGCGGAGCCCGCUGCAGCACCCGCGCCCACAGCCGCCACCCGUUCAGGAGAAUGAUCGAGAUAUGUCCUCCUACUGUAGCGAAUGGGCGCUGGAGCAGCAGGGCUACGCCUUGGCGUCGGGCUCGGGCUCGGAGUCGGGCUCGUCGGGCGUGGCGGAGGGCGCGGACAUCGCCCGGUCCCUCGCCGCGCUCGGGCUGCUGCGCGCGCAGCUCCCGCCCGCCGCCGCCGCGCUGCAGAGGGAGCUGAGGGACCCGUCGCCCAGGGUCGCCGCCCCGCUGCAGAGGAUACUCAAGCUGGCAGCUCUCCUAGAAUGCCGCAACCACGCCCUCGUCGACGUUGAAACGGCCCUCGAGGCGGCCGAAGCAGGCGCCGAACAAAUCGGACGUCGGAAAAUAGUCCCCGUCGUAGUCAACCACAAACCACAACCUAAACCCGCGGCUAAGGUCAAAGAAGUGCCGCUAAAACUGUUUCAUAAGACGGAGUGUUUCAAUAGUGACCUGCCGUGCUUAGAUCCGUUGAGACUUAGGACUGAAUGAUUAAGGGAGUUAUAGGGAUAAGUGAAGUGACUAGCUGCAACUGUGUUAAAGUGAUAACAAGUAUAGUGGCUGGUGUGAACAGUUAAUGUAAUGAAUCAACAGUACUAUUUCGACUUCAAUAAGACGUAAUGAUAAAUAAAUAUGGGAGAGAUUGUACAAAUAGUUUUAAAAAAAUACAGAAAAAUGUGAUUGACAGUCACAAUGCAACUCUUAAUUAAACUCAUUAAGGAUAAUUACAGGACUAAAAAGACAAAAAUGUGUGAUAGAAAAGUGUUAAAGUGAAGUAAGAACAAACAAGAAGGAUACUGAUUGACUUAAUAAUACUGAUCGAAUGAUGAUUCGAGAAUGAGUAUUAUGUGAUACAAGUGUAGAAAAUCUAUCAAUUCCAAUCAAGUUGAACGAUAUAAAUUGGUUGUAGAUGUAACAUAAAUGUAAGAAUAGCUAACGUAAAAAAGCAAUAAUAAACAGGAAGUCUUAUUAACUAUUCUAAGUUUACUUCAGUUUUAAGUUUGUGAGAUAUAUUUUUUUAUUAAUACGUCAGUGAAACAAAACACGUACUUACAGUUCAUGCCCGUAACAGACGUAAAAUAUAGUGUAAAAAACAGUUAAAAUUUAAUUAAGAAUGUGAUAGUCAUAAGUUCAAAUUUAGUUUAUACAUAUAUUAUAAGGAUUACCAAAUUUACCAAUCUUGGUGCAGAUGUUUUGUUGCAGUUUUUUCACCAAACUCCUAGUUAAUGUGUAAGUGUUUUUCAACAGCUGUAGUUAUGCCGAAUGUACUACACGAAGUACAUACCAUGAAUAGUGCUUUAGUUAGUUUAGUAGUUUCCAUUUUCAAAAAAAAAAAGUGAAAAAACAAGAUAUCAAAUAUUUGUACUUGAUGUAGUACAUUUGGCACUCAUUCUUACUCUAAAGUUUAUAUCACGCCUGAACGAAGAGCAUUAAUUUGUACUUGUAUUUGUACUUAAACAAAGAUUCUCGAUUUAUUAUGGUAGACAUCGUGACGAUAAUAACUAUAACUAUACUUCGUUUUUUUUAGCAUUAGAAAGAACUUCGCAGAAGUAACCUUGUGAUUCCACAUCGGGCACUUAUUGCGAUCAAAUUUUUAAGUAAAUUAUAAUUAUACAAAGUGUUACAUUAAACAUUAGAUAAUUCAAUUAUUAUUAACAAUUAGGUUAAGAGCCUGAUAAAAACUGCACGCUUACUUCUGCGGAGUUCUUUCUAAUGCUAAAAAAAUUAAGUACCUACACGUAAGUAUACACGUAAUUUGUAUGACAACUAUGAUAAACUUUGUGGUUCACAUAGCUGAAAUGUAAAUAAAAUAUUAAUUUAGUUAGGAGAAUCGUGUCAAAACUACUAGUAUUUGAAGUAAUAAAAUAUGCAAUUAUAAGAUAUGCCUUGUAAAGUUGUUCCUUUUCGCGAAUUAUAUAGGAAAAAAGAAAAAGAAAAAUCUAGUUAAGCAUUUAUUUUUGAAUCCAUUUAAUUCAAUGAAUUCACUGCCUGAUGUUUCGCACGGAUAUGGAUAUACGAAAGUUGAAACGAGAUCUUCUCUUAGAUUUUACACAUCUUAUGCAAAUUAAUCAAAAUCUUUGCUUAUCCGUAUUUAUUAUUCGCUUCCAAAAAUACACAGUUCAUACAGUCAGCAUCAAAUAGAUAGUGACGGCCAAAGUGGCCAAAUGUAUC